GUUGAAUUUUAUUUUGUUUUUCAGAAUAUGGCGUUGUUUUUCAAGAAAAAGAAAAGGGUUCCACGCAGCUGUGUGGAUGGGCAUCCAGUACAAAUAGUGGAGGUUAAAAAUAAGCAACUUGAACUGUAUGAAGACAGACUAGAAAGUAUCUUGAUGCAACCAAGGUUGAAAGAUAUUCCAGUGGUGGUUUUGUCAGUUGCUGGGGUGGCUCGUGCUGGAAAGUCAUUUUUACUCAACUUGUUUAUCAAAUACUUCUCCCACAAUUGCUCGCCAACCUGGAUGGAUGACCAGGAAAGUACACUAAAUGGAUUUGUUUGGGAAGGUGGUUCUGAUAGAGUAACCACUGGCAUCUGGAUGUGGAGUAAAGUUUUUAUUACUGGACCAGCUGAUAGACAAUUCGGUGUCGUUUUGAUGGAUACUCAAGGAACACAAGAUAAAUACACACCAAUGAGACUAAAUGCUUCAAUGUUUGCACUUAGCACAUUAUUGAGCUCCAUACAGGUAUAUAAUAUAAAAUCCGAUAUUAACGAAGCAGACCUCCAAUUUCUUCAACUAUUUGUUGGGUAUGGAAUUGCAGUUAAGAAUGACAAUAAGCCUUUCCAGAAACUGCUGUUUCUUAUUCGAGAUUGGGCAAGUCCACGUGAAUAUUUAUUUGGCAAUGUUGGCGGCAUGAAACGCCUUAAGAAAUGCAUGGAAACAUCUCCAAUGCAAAGUGAAGAAAAUAUACAGUUAAGAAAAUCUAUUUAUGAGGUGUUUGAUAAAAUAAUGUGUUUUCUCAUGCCUCACCCAGGGAAUGAUGUUUGCGAGGGUGUGAGCAAGGGUCAAUUUAAAGACAUUCCUGAGAGGUUUAAACAGACGGUGAUGGAAUUGGUACAGCUUCUGUUUUUAUCAGAUGUGCCUGAGCUCAAAAGAAUUGAUGGAAAAGACGUGACAUGUGAAAACCUAUUCAAUUAUUUUAAGAGGUACAUGGAGGUUAUCACUGAUGGAGAGCUGUUUGAAGUUGAAGGCAUACCUGAGGCGAAUGCAAUAGCACAUGGUAGGAAAUCUUACCACGAAGUGAUGAUGGAAUUUGAAAAACAAAUGAAUGAGUUGUGUAAAAUCUAUCAAGAAAACAUCAAUGACAUUUGUAAAGAAAAGAAAAAGAAAACUUUGGAGGAUUUCAACAUAAAGUGUGCUGUCAAUCGCACUACAAAGUAUCAAGAAUUAGAAGAUUCGAUGAAAACAGAUAUCGAAAAUAAAAGCAUGAACUACAUUUCGAAAAACACUUUGAUGGAGAAAAUGGAAACAAAUCAACAAGACGAAAUCAACACCACCAACCAAAUAAAAAAUUAUACAGGCCCGAACGCUGCUUAUUAACCAGUAGAAACUUCAAUAAACGCAAUACGUCACCGUGAUGGAAACAAAUAUAAGCCUAUUGGAAAAUUAAGAGGAUGCUACUAUUGUGGAGAAAUCAACCAUAUGAAGGACAGUCGUAUGUAUGGCAAGCCUAUAAUAUGCUAUACUUUCAAUAAACACUGCAGCAAUGGACACAGAGAUCGUUUGUGAAAAACUGGCCAAGACGAACGUGCCGAAAAUGCUCCUAGCCCUUUAAAACAAUUUAAUAUAGCUAAACCAUAUGACAGUAAUUACAAUAAUAUUUAUCCAAAUAUGUAUAUGCCUAUGACAUAUAUGUAUAUUAGGAAUGUAUCUAACUAUAGCCCUAUUGUUAAAGGUGUUGCUGCUAAUAAUGGUGACAAUGACGAUGAUGAUGAUGAGGGUGAUGAUGAUACACAUUGGCAAGAAAUUACCUUGAUUUAAUUCUCACAAACAAAUGUGAUAGUAGAAGAGUAACAAUUUAUGCACAGAGAUGAAUUCAAUAUAAACUUUUUAUGCGGCAUGGAUUGAAAUAAAUGAUAAAUGAAACAAAAAUAUACCAUGUAUAUAUCAACCCCCGAAUCCCAAUAUUGUAUAUUUUGAUAAGAUAACUAAUAUGCUGGAAAAGGCUUACAAUGAACUCAGUUUGUUAGAAGACUUUAAUGUUGAUUAUAAACGUGAUAUAAAUCUUCAUAAAAAGCCAAUAAAUAGACGAGAGAAUAUGUUUGAAAUUACUUAAUUAUAUAGUUAAAGAAAAUACAAUAAUCACACAGACGCCAGCAACUUGUAUCGAUUUAAGUUUAUCUUCAAUCUCUAAACACCAUGCACUCAAUGAUAGAAUAUAAAGAUAAAGAUUGUCAAUAUGAAACAAUUAAAUAUCGACAUUUUAAAGACUUCCAUGCAGGAAUCGUCAAGCAUUACUUGAAAACAAGGUACUAUAUGAACUAAAUAAUACUGCAAACGAUAGUACAGAAUCUGUAUGGAAGAAAUGGAAAGAUUCCUUCCUAGACAUAUAAGAAAUAGGCAUACUCCCUAUAGAACAAUGAGGGUUAAAAGCAGAUUAUCACCAAAGAGAUCAUGCAAAGAAACUGUCAGAUAAACACAAAACAAAAGACACUUACAGGCGUAUAAAAGAUUGAGAAAUAACGUAACUAGUAAAUUAACGAAUUAAAAGGCAGCCUAUUUUGCUAAUAUUGAACGAAAACACAAAAAAAUUGAUCUCAAGAAAUUAUGGAAUGAGAUGAGGAUUAAACUCACCGGUAAAAAUAUAAACAAAAAUAUUACUAAUCCAAAUAUCGACUGUAACCAUUUUAAUAAAUAUUGUACAAAUAUUUGAAAGAAAAUAUCGGAAUUAUUUGAUAACCCAAAAACUAACUGGAAAAUCCUGAAUGCAGAUUAUGUUUUUUCGUUUAAGAAAAUUAAAAAACAAGAAGUUGAAAAAGCACUUAUCGAUCUAUCUGAGAGUAAUAACAAUUACCUCUUUGAUUUUGAUGACAAACUGUUAAAAAUUUCAUCAGCUUAUGUAUCCGAUUUACUAUGUAAGAUAUAUAUAUAAUAUGUUGUUAAUAAAUGGAGAGAUUCCAGAGGAUUGGAAGAUUGCGAGAAUUACCCCAGUGUAUAAAAGGAAAAGGCCACAAAAAAGAAUUAAGUAAAUAUAGGCCAAUAUCAGUAAAUUGUCAAGUGUCAAAGAUAUUAGAAAUAGUAAUACAGAAUCAACUAACAGAUUAUUUAAACAAGUGAAAUUUGAUAAAUGUUGACCAAUAUGCAUUUAGAAAAGAUCACUCAACAAUUACUUGUUUACACAUCGUAAUUGAUGACUGGAUUGACUCUCCAAAUGAUCAUGACAUGAUUGGAACUACCUGAGUAAAAGAAAGUAGUUAAAUAUUGGGAUACAAUAUCAAAGAAAAGGAUAUUGAAAUCGGAAUACCCGAAGGUUUUGAUCCUGUCUUGUUCUUGAUAUAUCACAAUCUGUAGAAAAAUGGUUCAUGUUGUAUAUAUGCGGACGAUGUUGUUGUUUAUGCUUCACGAAAAACUAUUCCUGAAAUAGUGAUAACCUUCAACAUUAAUGGAUAAUAUUCAAGAAUGGUAUACAAAAAAAAAUUAAAAAUUAACGUUGAAAAAACUAAAAGUAUGCUUAUAAUUAAUAAUAAUUAAUAAUAAUUUUAAUAUUCAUCUUGGAGAUCAGUUUUUCAAAAAUGUCCAACACAUACGAUACCUAGGACGUAACAAAAUCAGUUAGCUCUAAGUUAAAUUACUCAAAACUUGCAUUCACUUUGAACAAAAAUGUGUUAAAUCAAUUAUACUUAACUACAAUACAGCCAUGUAUUGAUUAUGGCAUUUCAUGGAGAGGAAAUAAUCAAACAUUUAUUGGGAAAAUAUUUAAAAAUCGACGGGACUAUAAUAUUGCAUGUUUAAAUGUUUUAACGGCACUGCACCUCAUGUGUAAUGAAAUAGAAAUUGUAGUUGAAACAUGGGUAUAACCCAAGAACUGCAGACAGAUUCACUUAGCAUUGUAUCUCCAAAAGUAAAUUGUACACAGGUAUGCUGGUGCAAAUGUGUGGAAUACACUACCGCAUAUAUUAAAAGAAUAUACCAGUUAUUUUAAUUUCAAAUUAAACUAUAAGAAUAUAACUCUUAUCCUUCUUGUUGUUUUCAUUUUCAUUCAUUAGCUUAAGUUUAACUACGCCACUUGCUUGUGUGCUGCCACUGAUGUAAAAGUAGAAUGUCAAAUAAAUUACUAAUAUAAUAUAUUAGUAUCCUUGUGUAUAAUGGUA